AUUUCUCUAUACACUACACCUAAAGAAGUAGUACUACUACAAAACAUAAGUGCUCUGCUUCAAUUUGUUAUGGAUUCAAAGAGAUACUUAGUUACUCUCUUUUUAUGCUCUAACAUUCUUUUCUUUACCCUUGUAAGUGGCUGCUGGAGUGGAUGCAAUAAUCCACCAAUUCCAAAACCAAAUCCCAACCCUAACCCUAACCCAAACCCGAGCCCAUCCAAGGGACACUGCCCUAGAGAUGCCUUAAAACUAGGGGUAUGUGCCAAUGUGCUGAAUGGGCCGGUCGGAGCGGUCAUCGGAAACCCACCCGACCCGCAUUGUUGUUCCGUACUAGGUGGACUUUUGGAUCUUGAAGCUGCUGUUUGUCUUUGCACUGCAUUGAAAGCUAAUAUUCUGGGAAUCAACAUUAAUAUUCCAAUUGCACUAAGCUUGCUAAUUAAUACUUGUGGCAAGACUCUCCCAUCAGACUUCAUUUGUGCCUAAUAAGCUAUAGUGCUUAGAUCUCUUUUGGGUAGCCACAAAAUAAGUAUUAGCGACCCUCAAGCUAACACUUUUUCAUUUUCUGUCGCUACUAAUUAAAGUCCGCAUUGUUGUAAGUGUCUGAUGUGAAGUAUUUCGUUUUUGUUGUUGUAGCAUUCUAGGAGUUUCUAUUUUGUUCACUGAAGUUUCAUUUUAUAUUGUAGUUCUUCUUUGGUAGGACUUAAUAGAGCACUUGACCACUUGUUCUAAGGGAUUGUUCUUAUAUCUCUUUUGUUGUUCUAAUAGUGCUUUAAUUUCUUUGUUGA